UAAGAAACGUUCAGUGUUGGAUGUCGGUUUUCCACUUUAGAAGCUGUUGAUUUUCUUACGAUUUCCCAAAGCUUGCUUAUUCGCGUGAGCGUCGUUCGAUUGGCCCCAAAGUGUUUUCAGAAAUGCGAACAGUUGAGGCUUUGCUGCUGAGUCUUACUCUCUGUUUGGGCGGGGGCCAAGCUGAUAAUGGAGCCUCGACCAAGCCCAAUAUUAUCAUCAUUCUAAUUGAUGAUAUGGGCAUCAACGAUGUGAGUUUUCAUGGCUCCAACCAAAUACUCACGCCAAACAUCGAUGCCCUGGCCUACAACGGAGUAAUCCUCAAUCGGCACUAUGUGCCCAACCUUUGCACCCCCUCGAGGGCUACCCUCUUGACUGGCAAAUAUCCCAUACACACAGGCAUGCAGCACUUUGUGAUCAUUAAUGAUGAGCCUUGGGGUCUGCCCUUGAGUGAGCGUCUGAUGCCCGAGUUCUUCCGAGAUGCGGGCUAUUCAACGCAGCUAAUCGGGAAAUGGCAUCUCGGAUUCUGGCGCAAGGAUAUGACGCCCACACUGCGUGGCUUCGAUCAUCACUUCGGCUACUAUAACGGCUAUAUAGAUUACUACGAUCACAGCAAUCACAUGCUUAAUAGAAAUUUCUCGAAAGGCGUGGACUUCCGUCGGGAUCUAGACCCCUGGCCAGCAGCCAAUGGCAGUUAUGCCACCGAUGUGUUUACGGCAGAGGCAAAACGUGUGAUUCAGGAUCAUGACACUAGUCGACCCCUGUUCAUGGUACUGAGCCAUUUAGCGGUGCAUACGGGUAAUGAGGACAAUCCCAUGCAGGCGCCCGAGGAGGAAGUCGCAAAGUUUGGACACAUUCAGAACCAAAAGCGACGUACCUAUGCCGGCAUGGUUUCCAGCUUGGACAAAAGUGUGGGGGAAACAAUGCAGGCUUUGGCGGACCGGAACAUGCUAAACAACAGCAUUAUUUUGCUCUACUCGGACAAUGGGGCGCCUACUGUGGGCAUACACUCGAAUGCCGGCUCCAAUUAUCCGUUUCGUGGCCAAAAGGAAUCACCUUGGGAGGGUGGCAUUCGAUCUGCGGGUGCCCUCUGGAGUCCGUUGCUUAAAGAGCGCAGCUACGUAUCCAAUCAGGUCAUACAUGCCAUUGACUGGCUGCCCACCCUGGCAGCUGCCGCGGAAGUACCACUGCCUCCGAAUCUAAAGCUGGACGGCGUCAAUCUGUGGCCCUCAUUGAGCACCAAUGGGGAACCACAGCCGCGUCGACUGCUGCACGUCAUGGACGAUGUGUUUGGCUACUCCUCGUACAUGCGGGACAACCUCAAGUAUGUGAAUGGCAGCAGCUUUCAGGGGCAGUACGAUAGCUGGCUGGGCGACUUAGAUGAAUCCGAGGAUGAUCCGUUUAGCUCCUUCUAUGUGCAGCAUGUGCUCUCCUCGAAGGUGCACGAGGUAUUGGGGUCAGCUGCCUUGACCAAUGAACGUAUAACAGAGCUACGCGCCGAGGCCACACAACGCUGUCCACCCAAUCAGCAGAACUACACGGAGCCCAUCUACGUGUGUGAGCCUCUGAAGGCACCCUGCUUCUUCAACCUGGACAAGGAUCCUUGCGAGCGCUACAAUCUGGCCAACAUAUAUCCCCUACAACUCCAGUUGCUGGAGCAGGAGGUGGAACAGUUCAGACAGAGCGCUCUUCCCAGUGCCCGCGUGCCGCGAUCCGAUGAACGCUGCGACCCUGUCCUCCAUGGAGGCUACUGGCAGUGGUGGAACGCAACGAUAUUACCAAACUCGGGCGUUGCCAAGCAAACGCUACCCCUAUGGUCGUUUGUAUACAGUAUUUUAGCUCUAAGCUUGAUUUAUGUGCAGUUUUAAAAUGUUUAUUUAUCAGAGUGAUUUAUCAAUAAAAUUUGUUAGCCAAUAAAUUGACACCUAAACCAGUUCA